AUGUUUUUUUUUCUUGCAGCUCAAUCGUAUACAAAACGAGCUUUAAUCGUUAAAGGAUUACGUCGACGACCGAAAUAUAGUUUUACUGCCAUACAUUACCGUUAUUUUCAUUACAUGGUUCGUCUUGAAGAAGGCCCUGCACCUGGCAAAGAAGGUCUCUAUGGACCUGAGUGGCCUGAAUUAAAUGAUCGCCUUAAUAAGCGAUUAGACCGUUUGAAUAAUCGUAAAUUAUUAAGCACUAUUGCAUAG